CAGACGCAUGUUGAUGACGUUUCACUGACGUAAAUUUUACACGACUAAUUCUUGUGUUUCCCGUGUUUGUAAAACAUUUAAGCAUAUUUACACUGCUAGACUGAAUUUCGUUUAUACGCAAUGAGUAAAAAAGGUAACGUAUCAUGGGUGAAGCCAGCGGAACCGUCUUUUCUGAAGAAGUUCAAGAAAGAUGUUGGUUUUAAAGAAGGCCCGACGGUGGAGACUAAAAGGCAGGAGAUGCCGCAGUGUGAUGGUGAUAGUGGCGAGAGUGAUAAAGAAGAUGAGAUGCCGCAGGUUGUGGUGCUGAAAAAGGGAGAUCUCACUGCUGAGGAGGCUACAAAGCUCAAAAAAGACGAGUCAGCUUCAAAAACAGAUGAAGAGCCCCCUGCAGAUGGAAAGGUGGUCUUUAGGAAACCCGUCAAACGUUCCUCUGAUAAAUUUGAAGGCAUUACUGCCACCUCUAGCAAGAAGAAGAAAAAAAGUGAUGAUGCAGAGAAGAAAGAGUCAAAGUCAGGCGUCAAAGUGAAGAACAACAGUUUACUGUCUUUUGGUGGUGAUGACGAUGAUGAGGAAGACUAGAUAAGAUUCAAACGUCAGGGGUCAGUUUUUGUCCAGAACUGGACCUUUCAAAUUCCUGAUCUCCUGUUUUAAAAUGUGUUGUAUAAUAGAUAUUUUGUAAGAGUGAUCCAUACAGCUUCAUUUAUUAAAUAAUUUUGUAAAACAUUAUUAUGGGCCUCUGCAGGAGCAUCGUCAACCACAGAAAGUGGGAAGUAAAAUAUACAAUUUCUGUUCUGAGCAACAUGAUAAUUACUCAUGAGACUUCGAACAGAAUACAUAAUGAACUGGAAUAUUUGGGAUGCAAUAUAAUGAAAUAAAACUCCCUGUUUGAGCCCA